CAGUCGGUGAGCUAAGCAAUGGCGGCCACGUCAACCGUCGUCGUUCCCGGUCAGCUACUACCAGUACGGUGCGGUAACCGAAGCAGAAGCAGUAGAACCAGCAGCAUCCGUGGUGUCCCUGCGAGACCCGUCAACUGUGUCGGUCGUGUCGGUGCCCAACUUUGUCGGAAAGCGCACGCCAGCAGCAGACGACCGGCUGGAGUGGCCAGCAGUGCCGUACCCUAUCGGCGGUCGAUACUGGAGCUGGCUGCCCGUUGCCACCAUCACUGAGUGACACUGAGUGUUUUGAUCGUUCAUUGGGAGUGAUUACAGACAGAGCUUUUGCUUUACUGCUGUUUGCACAACGUUUUUUUCCAAUUUCGGACGAAGCAGGCGUUGCAGCAACACUACUGAACAACCCUUCCCACCGCCAAUCUCCCGUAGCGCGCUGCACGACAAGAGAGUGUGCGUGUGUGUGUUUGUGUGUGUGUGUGUUUGUGUGAACAAAAACUAUCGAUUUAUUGCGCCCCAGUCAUUCGGAUCGCAAAAUAGUAGCCGAUGUUUACAACGCAAAUUGAAAGCGCCACCCCUCCUCCGCAGCGUUGAAGGCAGGCGGUGAGAGUGACAGCAGGCAGAGGCAUCAACACACAAAAAUGGCCACAAAGACAACGUGAGCGCUAGGUUUUACGUUCUCGAACAGCGUGUAUUACGGUCUCCCUUCCAGCCCAAAAGGGGCAGCAGUCGGGGCCGCACUCUUGUGAAGCUGUGCUACUGCGAUGCUAUCCGUGCGUUUUGUGACUAAUGUUGCGGUGCAAUAGAAAAAAACAGGCUGUUUUCCUCGCUCAAAAAGGUAUCUUUCUAACUCGUCCAACCGAUCAGAAUUAGCUGCAAUUGGUUCAGAAGCAUCUGCCCGUCGUCAUUACGCGAAAGGAUCCCAAGAAGAAAACCCUUGAGAAACCGUUUAAGGAUUAUUGGUUCAUCUGAGCUAAACACUUCCGGCGCUCCUUUUCCUAGUUUGUGUGUGUGUGCGCGUUUGUGAAUAAGUGUACGUGUGUGUGUGUGGACUGCACAACCAUAGCAGGCGAACGGAUUGUGCAUGCGGCCCAGUGUUCCAUUCCUGCACAUGUCCUCACUGUGUCACGAGCGAGGACGAUUGUGCUGCGCGUGAGGUGGCCGUGAGGCGAAAGUUCUUGGUUCUUGGUUACAGGAUCUUGCACUUGGGGGUGUGCCCGUGUGCCCUCCCACAUCUACCACUGUUGACAGCUCGACACCGUACAGCGGGAAAAGGGCGACGAUGGCUGUGACGUUGAAGCAGGAGGUUAAUUUAUCGCGCCGUGCCUGCAGGCCAACAACAACCAACAACGACGACUGUUUGCAAGAGCAGAGGACGCUGUUGACGACGCCCACCGAAGAAGGGUCUUGGUACAACGACACUUGGUACGGUGGCGGUGGUGCUAACAGCCGCUUGGUGACGGCACCAGCACCCGCAAAGGAACUCACGGACUCGAGUCGAAGUGGUGGUCUACCAUCGUCGUCGUCGUCGUCGUCGUUGUCGUGCCUGCUGGCUACCAUCGUGAUGUGGUGUACGGGUCAAGUGUUAUUAAAGCUACGCCAGGCCGGCCAGGGUGGCUGGCGGGAGGUGCAACAGCCGCCGCGGCUUAGCCGACUGUGUAUAUACGUAGUGUUCUGCAGUGCUUUGCUGUCCCACAAUGCCUUCGUUCUAGCUAGGCCAAACCUAAGCGCACCGGCCAGCGGCGAAAAGGUGCCGGUCGGUCAAUUAUCGCCCCUGGAUCUGGCGUUCGAUGCCAGCAGCGGAUCGCUAACGAGUGCGAGUCAAUUAAAACGUUCUGCCGAGGCGGCGGCCAUCAUCGCAUCGACCGCACCGUCCGCGGACGGCGGCGCUGGCCACGAGGCGGAGGAUACGGCGCUCGGGCAUGGCCGGGUCGGAGAGGGCGAGGGCGGCGAGCACGGGGGCGAACACGUCGUCGAGCGGUAUCCCGUAUCGCAGGUGGACUUUUCCCGCGUCGAAACACCGUUCGUGAUCGGCGUCUGGAUUCUGUCCGCCAGCAUAGCAAAGAUUGGGUUCCACAUGACGCCCAAGCUGAGCCGCAUCUUCCCCGAGUCCUGCCUGCUGAUCGUGGUCGGCGUCAUCAUCGGGGUGCUGCUGCGGUACGCCACCAACCUGCACGUAUCACCGCUGACACCGAACACGUUCUUCUUCUACAUGCUGCCGCCGAUCAUCCUCGACGCGGGCUACUUCAUGCCGAACCGCAUGUUCUUCGACAACAUUGGCACCAUCCUGCUGAUGGCCGUGAUCGGUACGAUAUUCAAUAUCGCCACCAUCGGCGGUUCGCUGUGGGCCUGCGGUCAAACCGGCAUCUUCGGCGUCGACCUGCCGUUCCUGCACAUCUUCCUCUUCUCGUCGCUGAUCGCGGCCGUCGAUCCGGUGGCGGUGCUCGCCGUCUUCGAGGAGAUUCACGUGAACGAGGUCCUCUACAUCGUUGUGUUUGGUGAAUCGCUCCUAAACGAUGCUGUCACGGUCGUUAUGUAUCACAUGUUCGAGGUGUACAACGAGAUUGGUGCUAGCGAAAUCAUCGCGGUCGAUAUCGUGUCGGGCAUUGCGUCAUUCUUUGUGGUCGCACUCGGCGGCACCAUUAUCGGUGUCAUCUGGGGCUUCCUGACCGGGCUGGUGACACGGUUCACCGAUCACGUGCGCGUCAUCGAACCGAUCUUCAUCUUUGUGAUGGCUUAUCUGGCGUACUUGAAUGCGGAAAUUUUCCACAUGAGCGGUAUCUUGGCUAUUACCUUCUGUGGAAUAACGAUGAAAAACUACGUCGAGCAGAAUGUGUCGCACAAAUCACACACUACCAUUAAGUAUGCACUGAAAAUGUUGUCCUCCUCGGCGGAAACGAUCAUCUUUAUGUUCCUCGGUGUGGCCACUGUUAACAACAAACAUGUGUGGAACACUUGGUUCGUUUUGCUGACAAUAAUCUUCUGUUCGGUGUAUAGAAUUUUAGGUGUUUUGAUACUGUCAGCGUUAGCGAAUCGUUUUAGAAUACACAAGCUUACUAAAGUAGAUCAAUUUGUUAUGUCUUAUGGAGGCCUUCGUGGAGCCGUUGCGUUCGCUUUGGUGCUGCUGGUGGACGUGAAUCACAUUCCGCUGCAGCCAAUGUUCUUGACGACGACGAUUGCGGUCGUUUACUUUACCGUGUUCCUGCAGGGUAUCACCAUCAAACCGCUAGUCAAAAUACUGAACGUGAAGCGCUCGAGCAAGCGGAAACCGACCAUGAACGAGCGCAUCCAUGAGCGGUUUAUGGAUCACAUGAUGGCCGGCAUCGAGGAUAUCGUGGGCAAGACGGGCAACUACAAUAUACGCGAUAAGUUUAAGAGAUUCGACAAUAGGUUCAUUCGUCCAUUAUUGAUCAAGAAUUUACAGGGUCCGGAGCCGAAGAUUUUGGAAACCUACUCUAAGCUAACGAUGCGCGACGCGAUGGACUACAUGCGGCGCAAUCCAUCCACCAUCGGACAAAUGUCUGGAACUGAAUCAAUGAGUGCAUUAUUUAGAAACUACACGUCCUACUUCGGCGGAAGGUGCGGCGCCACAAUGCUCGGCACAUGCCCUAGCUUUACGAACCUGGAAAAUUCGACCCGCAACCUGGACAUGCAGGAGCUGGACUACAAUCCCUCGAAGAAAGACUUAACGGAUGCCAAAAUACAUCAUCUGCUGUCGGAAGAGCUUAAACCGUACCGCCGGGCUUCACUACAUACGCAAGUGAAGCAUCGAAGACUUAGCUACAGCCGGCACGCUGUUGACGAUCGGGAUCUAUCAACACAGGUCAACUAUAAAAUGCAGAUGAACAUACGCCGUAUGAUUAGUGAGAAGAAGCAUCACAAGCGCAGCAAACGUGUGAAGGAUGGCAAGCAGCAGAACCACGUCUCGUUCCCCGAGUUUGUGCAGAACGGAUCCGCAAAACAGUUUGCGAACGAUUACAUCAACGAAGUGCUGCACGAAGACAACGAGGAUGAAGAAAGACAGGCGGCGGGACCGUCGGAAGACUGGGACGGAGGUGGCCUAACGUUUACCGCCAAGUCAUCGCCCGAAUCGCCGGCUGUAAGUGUAAAGCAAUCGCUCACCGGCGGAGGCGACCGUGGUGCAAUUGACGAGAGAGGUGCGGCAAAGGAAGAUAAGCGAUUCUCGCGAGAGUCACGCUUUUUGGAGUCGGAGCAACGUGUCGCUACGCCGACCGCGAUCGAAUCCGUCCUGCCCUGGAAGCGGGUGGACGAGAGUGACGAUAAUGGUGCUAUCAAACAGAACGAAUUCCCCUCGUGGGCUUCGAACAAGGAGUAUCUAGCUUACAAUUCACCAAGUGCAACAUUUUUGGGUGGCUUAACGCAACCUAAACAGGCUAAGUCCGUAAUAGGUCUGUUCCGGCGGGAGAGUUCCGGCUCCGGUGGGGUCGUCAUCGGCGGCGUGACGGAUUCCGAGACCUCGACCCCGGUGGCGGCGACGACACCGGUCGGCCGGAUGGCGGCCGUCCCGAAGGACAAGCGGUCGGCCUCGAUCGCCGGCUACAUCACGAUCGAUGGCGGCGACACGGCCGGCAACCCGAUGCUGGAUCCGCUCGGCAUUUCCCGGGCGGGGCCGCACGCGACCGCCUUCCCGGUUACCGCCAGCCAUCGGCGCAACAACCGCCGUGGCUCGAUGCUGGAGCUAAGCGGCGAGGCAAUCCCAGAAGAAAACUACACCAAAUCCCUGCCCGAGCGAGACAAGUACGGAGCCCGCCGAGCACCAGCUCUAAUCAAAGCGUCAUCCACCAACACGCCCAAAUCGGCCGGCCGACGGUCCGUCGGCGGCGGCCCCGUAAACCCCCAAACCACGGCCCUGCUUUCCGCCAGCUCCACCGACUCGGACGAGGACGAUGAGGAGGAGGGCAGUGGCGACCGUCACCGGGCCGAUGACGCGACGCGCCGGCUAAAUGGCGCGGGAAACAACGACGAUGAGGACGACGAGGACGACGACGAGGACGACGACGAUGAGGACGAAGACUGUGCGGACGAGCAGCACCCCAUAUGAGAAAUAUUCAUCUAGGGUAGUCGCGCUCGCACUAUCGUGGUAAUACAUCUGUCUGUCCGCCGGGAAGCACCUGGCGGCGGCAUCACUGGUUGGCCGACCAAGCAAAAUGCGGCCGCAAACAACGCACAACACAAGCAACCGUGAUUCGGAGGGCAGUUUUGCAAUCCCAGCAACCUGUUUAGCGCUUCUUCCAACCAAACUUCCGCAUUCGAGCAGUACCCGAUGCCUUAGCGUGCGAGUGAGAGAGAGAGAGAGAGCGAGAGAGAGGGAGAGCACAGUGUACGGGCAAUGAGUAGGCCGUUACCGUUACUUUGUUACCGGCGGUUACACGUGUCGGGUGUGUAACGCUAGCGUGUGAUGCAGCGUGUAACGCUUCACGUUCUCGUAGCCUCAAUUAAACCUGGUGUGUCGUGCACCGCACAGAUAGCAUAUCCGAAAAGGUAGCAAAGGAGGCGUGUCCUAAUGACCGUGAACGCUGGAGUGUUCGUUCACUUAUGAGCUACUACUACUACUACUAAUAGUACUACUACUACUACUACAACUACUAUCUACUUGAUCGUUGCGUUACGUUUGCAGAAAGUAUUCGAAAUCAUUCCGUUUGCGUUCAGUGGGAAGCGUUAAGUGUUAAGCAAGAGCGUUACUAGCGAACGCUCUGUACUGUCAAAAAGUGAACCAAGCUGUACCCAGUCGUACUUAGUAGUUUGCAGGCAAAGUAAGAACGAUAGAGAGAAGGUGAUAGGAAAAAAGAGGAACUGUGAGAAAGGAAUAGUUUAUUUUGUGGGAGUAGAAAUUUUAAAAGACGACAAAACAAUCGAUCGUUAGUUUGUAAUGUAGUGAAAACCAAAACGAGGGGGAAAGUAUAAACGAUUAAUUUUACAUAAUUUACACAAUCGUGUGCUAGUUUCAUUGACGCAAGGGCAUGGAACAUUUUGCUUCCUUUCCCAUACAAAAUACACACACACACACACACACACACACACAAAUUUGGUGCUAUAACAACGUGCAAGAAAUAGAUCGAUCUACUUGCUACAUUCAAUGGUUAGAGACAGAUAGGUAUGUGUAUGGUUACAUAUUUGGCAGAGGAUUUACUAGACGCACCUAGCGCGUACCUAGUGGCAGCUUCACAUCCUCUACCGAAAUCGCGCGGGGCUUUAGUUUUGAACAGUGUAGUGUUUGGGUAGAAAUUCAACUCAAAUUUUGCACCUUUUCUUUCGUCGAUAAGUAAGAAGAGACUCCCGCACCACCAUCCACAUCGAAAGAUCAACUCCGAUAGGCCACCAAACUAUGUUACGUUAGACAAUUUCAAUGUAGGGAUAAUUUUUAACUACACGCAGCCUCUAUCGAAAUGGUGGAAGCUGAUUAAGGUCUCUUAGUGUCUAAAGAGCAUACUAAGAGAAGAAACAUAGUAAAAAAAAAAGAUCAGUUACCAGCAUCCGUCUGGCGCAGUACGUCCAAACUAUCUACCGUGUUUCGAUGGAUACGUUUAGAUGCUAGACAGAUAGAACAUACCUUGUGGAGCUGCACAAACACAGCCAACCAACUAUCAGAUGCAAUGCUUUGACGCUUUGCUUCCAAAGUAGUAAAUAUCUAAUUUCAAUGUUCACAGUUUCUGGCCUCUGUUUUGCCUUGAUUUUUUAAUUCUUUAAAGCACAAGAAUUUCUUUCAAUGAGGAAGAGAGGCUCAAAACGCGCGAACAAAACACUUAAAACCCAAUAGGAGAUAUUAAAUCAAGUUCUUAUACCUUGCAACAGUUACUUAAACCGGUGAUCCUUUGCUCCCAUGCUGAUAUGGAUGGAUGGCACAAAUACGCUAUGAUUUAGUUAGCUUACCGAAUAAAGAAGAAUUGUAUUUAGUUAUUGAAUUGUAGCAUUAUGUAGACCAAUGACAAAAACAAAGAAAACACACACACAAAAACAUAAAGAAGGUAUUAUUACUCAACAGUAUCGGGGUGUAACAGUUUAGGUAUAACUGAGGUUAUUUUUGGACAGUAGAAGGGUAGCAGGCGUGUGGGAGAGGGCGCGCCUCGAAAGCAGUAAGAUACACACACACAAAAGUGCAGUUACGUGUGUUACGGUAAGCUGCCUACUAGUAGGAGUACAGUUGGUGGAAAUUAAGAAGUGUGUUACGAACGUUACGACCAUUACGCGUCAUGUUUACCAGUUGGUACAACCAAGAUACUUAAUUAUGCCAUUUCUGUGCAUUAUCGUAACGCGUUUGCUGUUUGCUUCUUCGGUAUUAUGCUAUUCUUUUUUGAGCAAUUUUUUUGUCUAUAGAUUUUUCUGAAAAGAUGGAUAUUAUUAUGAUUUCCGUUUUAAAUUCCGCAUUCUAAGGUGCAUUAUUCCAUUAUGUUUGUCAAAGUUACUCGUUACUUUAAAUCUUUAAAAUUUAAAUACUACAAGGGAAACUAAACUGGGCAAUUUAUUUCACCUGGUACGGGCUUUAAGCAGCGGCAUCUUGGAUUAAAAGUGGGAAAAUUCAAGUGAUGGCCAACAAAAACAAAAACAAACAAUUACACACUGUCUGUCCAAUCCAAGAUGGCAGCGACGUUACGCGGGCGUUACAUUGGGGCGUUACCGGCCAUUACAUGUCAGAGUGAACUGCGGAUAGCAUAAAACCAAUACAUCGUUGAUAAUAAUAGCAGCAACCUUAACGACUGUAGGUCAACUAAACAUUUUACAGCAACAGCCUGUACACGCGUACAAGUGUGAAUAAAAUAAUAAAAAUAAACAAGCAAGAGUAAAACGCAACACAUUUCUCUCCCCACCCCCUCCCUAUUCUGGCGUAACCGGGAGUGCUUUUUUGUCCGCAGUGACACAACCCCCCGACCCAGGUGAUCCUCACCUACACACACACAUACACGACACCUAAACCCCCCAAUCUUAGGCAAACCUUUUCCCCCCGUUGUUCGCAAGCAGCAGUAGAAUAUGCAGCAGAGCAUCUGCACCAUUACCGACAUAAAAUGGGAAAAGAAGCAAAAAGGUAUGAAGGGGGAUGAUGCGUAUGUGUGUGUGUGUGAGAGAGAGAGAGAGAGAGAGAGAGAGAGAGAGAGAGAGAGAGAGAGAGAGAGAGAGAGAUUGAAACGAAAUAAGGAAUGUGAGUGUAGAAGCCGCGCUUAUCAGAAAGCCCACCAGCAGAGAGGAGUGGUAUACUUUUAAAACGAAACUGUACUUAAGGUGAUACAUUUGGCUAAAAACUAAGCAAGCACAAAGCGGGGGAGGGUGGUAUUGGGAAGAAAAAGGAUACAAUAGCCUGUUUGUGAAACUAACUCAAUCAAUAAUUGCAAUUGUAAUUUGAAUGAGGAUAUGUUAAAACAAUACAAAGAAGGAACGAAAAAGUAACACACAAAUAGACAAACAAACUCAAAACUUCUACACAACCAGCGAGAUAAAGCAGAUUAAGGACAGUCGAUUGUUUGGUACGACAGUUUCCGCUGGUGGUACUGUAUUUAAAAUAAAAGGGAAAUGCAAAGGGUAGAGAAAUAAAACGAACAAUACCGUACGGGUUAAUAACAGCAGGAUGGCUGGUAGUUAAAUAAAACCAGAAAAAUAAACGAAACCUAAUGGAUCAAGAAUAGAUAACAGAACGAGAGAGAGAGAAGAAGAUAGAAAGAGUAUAGGCAAUCUACUAAGUGGGAAAGGCGAAGGGCAAACAAUGUAAGUAUGUAAUUGAACGUGGCACGUGUGGCAGAGAGGCAGACGGGAUGUGUAUAAUAAACUCGAAGAAGGAGAAGAAGAGAAUUGAAAACGAA